UUAGAUGAUGGAUUAUAUUGAAACGAUUAUCUAUUUUGUAACAAGGAUCUACUUUCUAUUUAUAAACCUAAUAUUCAACCUGAUUUAUUACUUCAAAAUCAAACGAACAGUGCCAGGGCCGUCGGAUGAUUUGCUAAUGAUUAGCGCAAAGGAGGCGGCUAGAAAAAUUGGCAGAAGGGAGAUCACUUCAAAGGCACUUGUACAAGCCUACAUCCACCGAAUCGAGCAGGUCAACGGAAUUAUCAAUGCUGUUGUUGUUCGGCUAUUCGAUGAAGCAACCAAGAAAGCUGAAGAAAUUGACAGGAAAAUAGCAGAGAUGGACGAUGUUCAACUAGAGGAGUUCAUAGAGUCCAAGCCUCUGCUGGGUGUUCCAUUUACAGUCAAAGACUGCGUGGAGGUAGAAGGGCAAAUAGUUACUGCCGGUGUUUAUCUUCAUAAGGACAACAGAUGCACCAAAAAUGCCGAAAUUGUCAAGAGAAUGCAGGCAGCUGGUGCCAUCCUAAUUGCCAUCACAAAUGUGCCCGAAGCAUGCCUGUGGUUAGAAUCACACAACGGGAUUUAUGGAAGAACAAAAAAUCCGUACGAUUCAAGAAGGAUUGCUGGAGGAAGUAGUGGCGGUGAAGGAGCUUUGAUUUCUGCAGCAGGCAGCGUGAUUGGAAUUGGCAGCGACAUUGGUGGCAGCAUUCGUAUACCAUCAUUUAUGAAUGGUAUAUUUGGACUAAAGCCAACACCAGAUAUUAUUCCACUUGAGGGACAUGUACCCAUGGAGACGGGGUUUCAAGCGCAAAUGUUAUGUUUUGGCCCAAUGUGCCGUUACGCCGAGGAUCUACCUUUGAUGAUGGAGAUUUUGGGAGGCGACAGGGCUAAGAGUUUACAUGUACGGGAUGAAGUUGAUUUCAAGAAAAUACGUAUAUUCUAUAUGGAAGGUAUCCAUAGUGCUCAAAUGCAAACUCUAACCAACGAAAUGAGGGAAGCCUUACUAAAGGCAGUUUCCUACUUCGAGAACAAAUUUGAUGUGGAAGCAAUCCGAAUAGAUCUACCGAUUGCCACGAAAACUAUUGAAAUGUUCAGCCUAAGUAUACAAGGGGAAAAUCCAAGACCAUCUGAGCAGCUCAUAAGUUUGGAUGGAACAAAAGGAAGUCUGAAUUGGAUGACAGAGGUACCCAAGCUGCUUAUGGGAAAAUCCGUUCACACUCCAGGCGGUUGCAUGAUGGCAUUCAUGGAAGACAUGCUUGGAGACCAUGCAGAAGAGGAUAAGGCGGAGCUCAACCGACUGCGUAAACGUAUGACUCGGCAGCUAGCCGAACUGCUUGGCAAGGAUGGUAUCCUCUUUUUCCCAUCGUGGCCCACAACGGCUCCAUACCAUAAUCAACCAGUUUUCACUCCAUUAGAUUUUGCAUAUACGAGUCUAUUCAAUGUGUUGACACUUCCUGCAGUUGUGUGUCCAAUGGGACUGGACAGCCAUGGCUUACCGCUCGGUGUUCAGAUAAUUGGAGCUCGCAACUCAGAUCGUCUACUGAUUGCUGCGGCCCAACAGCUUUCCCAAGCAUUUGGUGGUUGGACUCCUGCCUGGCCCUCAUGA